AUGCUGACCCUUUCAGGCCGGGUCACUGAGACACAGCAGGUCCUUGCCACUCAGUUCAGCUUCCGCCUCCGCACCCCUGACCUCAUCAUUAAGCCGGCAGGGGAGGCUGUGGUGGGGAAAAAGAUGGCGGCUAAGAUUUUCUUCACUAACCCUCUGCCACGCACACUGAAGGGAGUGGUGUUCCAUGUGGAGGGGCUGGGCCUGCAGAGUGUUCGACAGAUCGCUGUUGGUGACGUGGCCAGUCGCUCCUCUGUGACUCUGACGGAACACUUUGUUCCUACUCUGCCUGGAUCCAGGAAACUGGUGGCUUCUCUGGACUGUAAGCAGCUCACACAAGUCCACGGUGUCGCCAACAUUGACGUCAAGGAGAAAUGAGCCUUUGGACACCAUAGACCCCUUUUGGUCUGCUUUACAAUUGAGGCAUAAUCACUUUUCAAUCAUUAUAUGUUUCCACUUGAGGAUUCCUGUCCCUUAUAUUGUAACAUUUUUACACCCCUUCCACUCAAUAUCAGAUUGGACCUGUAUAAUGUGCCUUGGAAAGUGCCUAAGCAUAUGAUUGCAGUCUUUACAAGAUUGGUAUUAGAACUUGUAUAAUUGCAUGACAUUUCAAAAUGUAUCUUACCUACUGAACAGAGCACAAGCUACAGUAUAUGACACAUGGGAACAAUAAUGUUUGUUUAGUAUGCUGUACAGUAAAGCAAAAAUACUGUGUACAGAGUGGUUUGUUAUGUUGCCAGAGCAUUGUAUAUCUAUGACACAAUCAGCUUUUUCUCAGAUAUUAUUUUCUAACACUUAUUAGAAGGGGUAUGUGUUACCUUACACUGUACAUUUGAAUAAUGCUAUGGUGUUAUUUUUUUUUUGUUUUUUUGGGGGGGGUGUGUAUAUGCAGUGUAUAUUUUAGCAAUUACAUUUACUUUUGAGACUUAAGUAUAUUUAAAACCAAAUACUGCUAGACUCAAGUAAGAUUAUACUGGUUGACUUUCACUUUUACUUGAGUCAUUUUCUAUUAAAGUAUCUUUAUUUUUACUCAA